AAUUUUUAUGCACAUCCAUCUUCUUCUUCUUAAACUUAUAACUUUAUAAGUUAUAACAACCAUGCAAAUGGAGAUGGAGAAUCUGACUCUCUUCUUUCCUAUAUCUGUUCUCGUUUUCAUAUGUGCUCUUCUCUUUUUUGCUUUCAAGUACUCAAAAUCCAAUGCCAAAACCAACUUUCCUCCGGGAAGUUUUGGAUGGCCAAUUAUUGGUGAGACCUUCUCAUUCAUCAAUGAAACGCAGCAAAGAUUUGUGGGCGACAGAAUGAAAAGAUACUCCCCAAAACUCUUCAAAACCAACGUCUUCGGCGAGCCAACAGUGGUGUUUUGUGGCAUUCCCGGUCACAAAUUUAUCGCUUCCAACGAGGAAAAACUUUUUUUGGCGUGGCGUCCACACUCCAUGCAGAAGCUCUUCCGCUCUUCCUAUCAAAAAGCUGCUUCCCAGGCCACCAUACCACGAGCCGAUGCGGUCCAAAUCUAUCGUGCCCCCGGUUUUCUUAAACCCGAAGCUCUGGUUCGGUACAUAGAAACCAUGGAUUCUUUGGUUCAGGAGCACUUGAAGCUUCACUGGGAUGGCAAAAGCACAGUUGAGGUAUACCACCUCGCUCAGCUACUUGUGAUGACUCUAUCUGCUCGCUUCUUCACCGGACUCCAAAACAACCAAGGCCGCACUGAAAAGUUUACCGAAUUGAUGAAUAUCAUAACUGCAGGGCUGCACACUGUUCCUUUGAGUGUUCCAGGAACCACCUUCUAUCGCGCAAUGAAAGCCGCGGAUGCUAUGAGGAAGGAGGUUCUUUUGUUGAUCAAGGAGAAGAAAGCAGCAAUGUCUAGUGGAGUGCAAAUGCACGAUAUCAUGUCUUUCAUGUUGUUUAACGCAGAUCCCACCGGUCGUUUCAUACCGGAGAACGAAGUUGCUGACAAAAUUAUGGGUUUGAUGGCCGGUGGAUUCCACUCGCCUUCCAUGGCUACAAGUUUUUUAAUCAAGUAUCUUGGAGAGAACCCUGAAAUAUGUGACAAAGUCCGAACAGAACAAUUAGAGAUUACACGCUCAAAACAAUCUGCCGGUGAAGCACUUAAUUGGGAUGAUAUCCAGAAGAUGAAAUAUUCUUGGGGUGUUGCACUGGAAGUUAUGAGGCUGGUGCCACCUCUUCAAGGAACAUUUAGAGAGGUCAUUACCGACUUCACCUACGAAGGUUAUACAAUUCCAAAAGGGUGGAAGGUGUAUUGGUCGGCCAGCAGCACAAAUAAGAUCUCCGAGUAUUUUCCAGCACCAGAAGAGUUUGAUCCAACAAGGUUCGAGAACGGAAAAUCACCCCCUGCUUACUCGAACAUCCCAUUUGGAAGCGGACCUCGAAUUUGUCCAGGAAAAGAAUAUGCUCGCUUGCAACUCCUGUGUUCGCUCCACCACAUUGUGACCAAAUACAAAUGGGAUGUGAUAAAUCCAAACGCUAAGAUCGCAGGUGGUAUGAAUCCCGUUCCCGAAGAAGGGAUUCUCAUUCGCCUCCAACCUUAUUAGUCGGCGUAUGCACGGUGAAAAUGAGUGCCAACUAUUGCCAACCAGUUCUCAGUAGACUCCAACCAUAUUAUUGGGUUUAUCUUUUAGAGUGGAUUAGCAAAUAAGCGUCAACCACGCUCUCGUCUAGCAGAUUCAGUGGAUCUACAAGUAGGCAAUAAUGUUGCAUAUUAUAUAUGCAAGAAAAUAUAUACAUACAGAGUCUUAGUCUCCAAAUAUGUCUAUAUAUAACUAUAAGUAAUUCUUAAACCUCCACGUUGAGAUUUAGAUCUUCCAAUUUUUCAUUUUAUAGAUACUACCCCUAAAUCCCAAAAAGAAAAAGAAAAAAAAAGCAACACCAUCCCUCAAUGACUCGGCCACGAACGACCUCUAUUUCUUAAGUUUACAUCGGUGACAUUGAUGAAGUGUGCUUUUGAUCAUGUUUUAUUAUUACGGAAAUCAAUAUCA